UCUAGAAACCCAUAUUCGUAGUUACCAUCAUAACGAAUAUAUUAAUUUACAAGCAGUAAAAAAUGAUGAUGGUCAAAAUAAGCGUCAACAUAAUAGUGAUACCGAUUUAUUUCCAUCAAAAAAAUGUGGUCCGUUGGAUUCUAUGAUAAAUGUUUCAAAGAAAAAAUUAUAUGUAAAUAUUGAUAAAUUUAAAGUACUAGAAGCCUGUACCGAAAUGGUAACAGUCAAUGGACGUCCUCUAACUAUAUUUCACGAUUCAGGAUUCAAAAAAAUUUUGGAUCCCCUCACAGCAGCAAUUGGUGAAGGAUUUACAAUCAAUUCACACAACAUUAAGAAAAAUAUUUUUUUGGCCUCAAAUACAAUCAUCAAAGAAAUAACUAAUGAUGUCAACAAUAAAUUAAUUAGUCUGAAAAUUGAUUGUGUUAAACGCCACAACCGUUCUAUAAUGGGAGUGAAUAUCCAGUAUGUAAAAAAUGGUAGAGUUUGUUUGGCAACUUUAGCGAUGAAAGAAGUUCAUGAACAACACACUGCCGAUAAUUUUAAAAAAAUGCUUCUUGAAGUGUUACAAAAGUAUGAUAUGGUUAAACAACAAAUUUAUAGUAUCACUUGUGAUAAUGCAUCAAAUAUGGUGAAGUUAGCGAGAAUAAUGAAUGAUGAAUGUGAAGAAAUAAAUGUGAUAGUACCCAAUUUAAAUGAAAAUGAUUCUGAUUCUGAUAUUGACUUGGAAUAUGAAAAUGGAGAAGGAACAUCUUUAUCAAUAGAUGAUAUCGAGGGUGAACUUUUUAAUGAUGAUUUCGAAAAUGAUGAUAAUACAAACAAGGAAGUGGAAGAUUUUCAAAGAUUUGUAAUGAAUGCUAUAGAACCUAAAUCAAUAACAUCGUGCAUAAGAUGUUCUGUGCAUUCCUUACAAUUAUGUGUUCUGCAUGGUUUAAAAAAUGCACAUAUAACCAGUUGUAUAACUGAAGCUAGAAAGGUUGUAAAAAAGCUCAGAACCCCAAAAUAUGCUAGUUGGUUGAAAAGAAAACAUUUAAAGUAUGCUGUAAUUGAUAUAGAGACUAGGUGGAAUUCUCUAUACAACAUGCUCUACAGACUGUUAGAGUUGAAAGAAUUUUGUAAGCUGCAUGAUGGAACAAACCCAGAUGUUAGACUAAGGGACUGUGAAUGGGAGUCAAUACAAAGUGUUGUUAAUGCUCUUAAUCCUGCAAAGACAGCUACACUUGCAUUACAAAAGCAAGACCUAAAUUUAGGUAAUUUUUACGGUAUAUGGCUCAAAGCUAUACAUGGAUUAACUGCAGAUGGUUCAAUUCUAGCUAAGACCAUAAAAAUAGCUAUGGAGAAAGAACUUAAGGAAAAAUAUUUGGAAAAUAGCACAUUCUUAGCGGCUAUUUAUGUUGAUCCCAGAUAUCAGUGCUUACUGACUCAUGAUCAACAAGAUCUUGCAAUUAAUCGCCUUGUUGAAACUUGGGAGACUUUACAGUUAUUAAAAGAUAAGAAUCCUGAAUUGAAUAGGUCCAACUCAUCUUUAGAUGCUGCAGGUCAGCGUGGAAAGAAGUUUUUCGGGACUGAAAUUUAUAGUUUCAGAUUUGCGUGCAUCUUUAGAUGAAGAACUUUUGGAGGCUAUAAUGGUUAUUAGAUGUAAUGAAC